AUGACGAUCGCAGGGGAUACAAGUCAGAGUGUCAAGCCGAAGAAACGAGUUGUCACUACUGCACGUAGAGAGCAGAACCGGGCUGCACAACGCGCAUGGAGACAACGACAAAGACUGAAUUAUGCUGCUCCGGCCAUUCACAAUGCAAGCCACGAGUCUACGCUUAAACCUUCGAGCCGGGCAUCAAGAGUAUCUCUCCCUCUAGUGGAUUUAACCGUUGCGCAACGAUCUGGGCCGGAGAACUCAAUAAAACCUCCUACCCAAGCACCAGCCUCUGAGACAGGCUCCGAAGGCUCAGAAUACACAGGACUGGGGUCUAGCUCCAUCAGUCUUGAUUCAACGCCGCUCAAGGCCAGUGAGACGUUAGUCUCGGAGCAAGCCAAAGACCCGAGUACGUCUUUCCUCGAGACCGAUCUCAAAUUGAACACACUUCAGACCAACUACACCCGAACGCUCUUGGCGCUUCUGCAGAAUGCAAAUUGCCUGGGCUUCGAUAUCAGCAACAUAAUGAACUGUGAUAGAAGAAGUUUAUCACCUUUCUAUAGCCCAAUCACUCCAACAGAUAAUCCCCAAUCCCUUGUCGCUAAUAAGUUCAACCCCUCAAUACCGAUCCAUCUCCAGCCAACCAUGGCCCAGAUUCUCGUUCCACAUCAUGCGGCUCUGGAUUUGAUUCCCCUGCCGCUGCUACGAGACAGGGCCAUCAUGCUAUCUUUUUCCAUGCCUGAAGUCUUUGAUCUUUGGGACUUGAAAUUGGACAUCUAUGUUCAGCAUGGUAUUGAGCUCAAGGUGGAUGGUGACACUUCACCAUGGGAUCGAAAAAAUUGGGAUAUGAAGCCCUGGUUUGGAAGGAAGUGGGGUCUGCCCGUUUGUGAAUAA